UUAUAUUUAUUUGAGCUCUAUCUCGUGGCUGUAUAUUUAACCGAGUUCUAUCUCUUGUCUGUAUAUUUAACCGAGUUCUAUCUCUUGUCUGUAUAUUUAACCGAGUUCUAUCUCUUGUCUGUAUAUUUAACCGAGUUCUAUCUCUUGGCUGUAUAUUUAACCGAGUUCUAUCUCUUGUCUGUAUAUUUAACCGAGUUCUAUCUCUUGUCUGUAUAUUUAACCGAGUUCUAUCUCUUGUCUGUAUAUUUAACCGAGUUCUAUCUCUUGGCUGUAUAUUUAACCGAGUUCUAUCUCGUGGCUGUAUAA